AUGGGCACGAAUUCGGUGGAAGCGGGGGAAGAGGAGAUGGAAGGGAUCCAAGAUGGCGAGCACAUGAGCAUGACCAGGAUGUCGGAUCAGUCUCCAGCGCUGCCCGGCGACUUCUCCUUCUCCUCUCCGGCAGGAUGCUCAGCUGUCGACAGGAGUCUCAACGACCCCGAUGGCGGCGCCUCGGUGCUCCGCAGAUCUCUGGACGUGGCGGAGAGAGAGAUGUCGGAGCUGAGGAAGAAGCUGAAGCGAUCGCAGGAGCGAUGCGAGGCCCUGGAGAGGGAGAGGGAGGAGAGGUACGUGAAGAUGAAGGCAGAGAUCUACGAGAACAGCAUGAGCCUUAUGCGGGAGGUGCAGAAAGGGCACAACGACUCUCAGGAGAUCUCGGCGAGGAGGAUCGCGUUCCUCGAGAGGGAGCUCGACGCUGCCAGGAGCGACUGCUCCAACAUGGAGAUGCUGUCGAGGGAGCUGGAGACGAAGAAGAACGAGUGCAACGAGCUGCAGGAGGCGCUGGAGGAGCUCGAGAACGAGAAGCGGGUGGAGAUAGCUGCGGCGGUCGAGCAAGCGUGCGCUGAUCUCAGAAGGAGUUUGCAAGUUGCUGAUGAGUCUCAUGGGAGCCACGAACAAGCUGAUAAGCAAGACACCAAAGUAGACGGAAGCCUUGAGGAGAAUAUGGCAGACUACCAUCUCAAUCAAACCACUCAAGGCAACAAGUACACGGAUGAAGAGUUUGAGGCGAUGAAUGCUCAGCUCGAGCGUGUGAGCGAGGACAAGGAGUCAUUACAGCACAGGCUGUGCGAUGCAGAGGAGAAGAACAAAAGGCUCGAGCGAGAGCUGCACAGGAUGUCAGACAUCCAACGGCAGAUGGAGGUGAAGUUCGCGCAAGUGCAGAUGGAGUAUCAGAUCUUCAUGGAGAUGGAGGCGAGGAACCGUCAGUGGGAGGAAGACUCUAGCUCCUUGUACUCGAGGGACAAGAGCAAGAAGAAGAACAGGGGCAGCAGGGAAGAAGGUCUGCAAAGGCAGCGAGCUGAACAAGAUUCUGAGAUGGGCAAGAGCAUCCUGUUGCUCCAGAACGACGUGGAGAACCUCCGCUAUCAACUCGAGUCCCGGGACGCGGAGCUCAGGGCCGUGAAGCUGCAGUACACGAACACGUCCAGCAACCAGGCUGAUGAGUUGACAUCUGCCAAGAAGGAGUUGGAGCAGAUGAGGGAGAAGUUGAUGUUGGUGGAGAACUCCAAGACGCUGUCGCCGUCGGCGGCAGCAACAGAUAUGUCGCUGUACAGGAAGCUGCGAUCCCUUGAGGAUGAGACGAGGCAGUUGGAGGAUGAGAAGGGCUACCUGCGGGAGCAGCUGGAGGAGGAGAGGAGAAUGAGGACGAAGACGAGAGGAGAGCUCGACGAUCAGAUCACCUUCUACCAGAAUCUCAUCAAGAACUUCAUCAUCCUGGCGGUCAACAUUAGAAAGGGCUUCUACAACUGGAGCGACUCGUCUCCACUGGUGGUCAAUGGCUUUUUGAAUCUUGUUAUCUCCUCUCCUCUUCGCGGGAGGAUAUGCGUUGAGCUUUACGGAAGACGCAAACUGCACGUUGAGACGAGUAGCGAUCAGACUUUCUUCAGCGGGUUUCAGUAUGGUAUGUGCUUGGGCGACAGCGCGCAGGUGUCAGUGAUGGAAGGGAGCGAGAUCAAGUGCGAGCACGCGAUCGUGCUGGGGAACGUGUCCUCAGACGCGAAGCUGGUGCUGAGCAAGGGAAUCACUUUGCAAGAGGAACUGUGCAGCCCAAGAGAUCUGAGCCGGCUCAAGGAGUUGAUUAGCGCAAACUUGAUGGCGGAGGAGGGAGCAUGGAUAUUCGAGGAGGAGGGAGAGCGCAACUUGAUUUCUUCCAUGGCUCCUGUUGGACCCUUCUCUCCCAUCCUCAGAGAGGUAGAGGGCCUUCGUCACGGGGACUUGGUGGCAUGCGGCAAGGACAGCCCAGGGGAUGGCAGGGCAGGGCAGGGCAGGGCAGGGCAGGGCAGGGCAGGGCAAGUGAUGGGUCGAGACGGGACGGGACGGUGA